AUGAGCCGCCCACGCGCCUUGGCCUUGCUACUACUGGCGUUGCUGGCGGCGGCGAUGCUGACGCCCGUUGCUGGCGGCGCCGCCGCAGACGCCGACGGAGACGCCGACGGGGAUGCGUCGUCCUUCGGGCACCUUGAGAUGCUCGAGGUGGGCGACCUGCGGCAGAUGCUGCACGAGAAGCAGCAGCCGUUCCAGCACCUGCGCACCAAGCAGGAGCUCAUCGACGCCAUCGUGGAGCUGCAGAAGCGGGAGGCGCUGGCGGAGAGGCUGCGGCGGCAGCGCGGGGCGGGGGCGGCGCGGCGGCAGCACGUGCUGCGGGUGGAGUACUGCUCCGGCUGA